GUGACUCGUGGGAGGAGUUCUGUGUGCUCCUCCGUAAUUGUCCUUUGCUGAGAGAAGGUGUGUGCUUGAGAAGGAGUUUAACCUGGAGGAUCAUUAAUCCUUUUAGCCAGUUGGGGCACAGGAGCCGAAGUGGCUCUGCGGGUUUGUCCUACAAGAGUCUGCUCAGGAGGGCAGAGGAGGAGUGACAUCGCUUUUUCAUGGGGGACAAGCAGAAGGCUGUGCUCAAUGAAGGACAAGAGAACGAGAUGGAAAUGUUUGGCUAUCGGACUGUCGGCUGCCAGAAAGCCCUCUGUCUUGCUGGAUCCAUCUUGUCCUUGGGCGUCCUCCCUUUGGUGUUUUACUGGAGACCGGCGUGGUAUGUUUGGGCAAACUGUGUCCCAUGUUCCUUGCAAGAAGCAGAUACUGUUUUACUGAGGACCACAGAUGAAUUCCAGACUUACUCUUGGAAAAAGGUAACAUGGGUCCACCUAUCAACUUUAAGCAGCACAUUUGGGCUCACUCCUGGACACCCCCUCAUUACGGAUGAGGACUCUAUCAUAAACAGAGCCAUCCAGAAGCCAGACCUAAAGGUGAGAUGCAUAAAAGUGCAGAAAAUAAGAUAUGUUUGGAAUAAUUUAGAAGGACAGUUCCAAAAAAUUGGCUCUCUGGAAGACUGGCUCAGUUCUGCCAAGAUACAUCUAAAAUUUGGAUCAGGUCUAACAAGAGAAGAACAAGAGAUUAGGAGGCUAAUAUGUGGGCCUAAUACUAUUGAUGUUGAAAUCACACCUAUUUGGAAGCUGCUCAGCAAGGAGGUUCUAAAUCCCUUUUACAUAUUUCAACUCUUCAGUGUCUGCUUGUGGUUUAGUGAAGACUACAAGGAAUAUGCUCUUGCCAUCAUACUUAUGUCCAUCAUUUCUAUAUCUUUGACCGUGUAUGACCUCAGACAGCAAUCUGUAAAACUCCACCGUCUAGUUGAAGCACAUAAUAGCAUUACAGUCUCUGUAUGUGAGAGAAAAUCUGGAGUCCGACAGCUGGAGUCGCGCUUCUUGGUACCCGGAGAUUUGUUAAUUUUGACAGGGAACAAAGUGCAAAUGCCGUGCGAUGCCAUCCUGAUCGAUGGCAACUGUGUGGUAGAUGAAGGCAUGCUGACAGGAGAAAGUAUCCCAGUCACCAAAACUCCACUACCCAAGACGGAUAGCCCUCUGCCCUGGAAAACGCAGAGCGAAGCAGAUUACAAGCGGCACAUCCUCUUCUGUGGGACAGAGGUGAUCCAGACCAAGGCAGCUUGCUCCAGGAUGGUGCGAGCAGUGGUGGUGCAGACAGGAUUCAACACUGCAAAGGGGGACCUCGUGAGAUCCAUUCUUUACCCCAAGCCAAUGAGUUUUAAGCUCUACAGGGAUGCCAUCAGGUUCCUCCUAUGCCUCGUGGGGACAGCCACCAUUGGCAUGGUUUAUACUCUGUGUGUCUAUGUGCUCAGUGGGGAAUCUCCGGAGGACGUCGUGAAGAAAGCUCUGGAUGUGAUCACUAUUGCAGUUCCCCCCGCCCUACCUGCUGCCCUGACCACAGGCAUCAUCUAUGCCCAGAGGAGGCUGAAGAAGAGGGGCAUCUUCUGCAUCAGUCCCCAGCGGAUCAACGUGUGUGGACAGUUAAACCUUGUCUGCUUUGACAAGACAGGCACCCUAACUUGUGAUGGCUUGGACCUCUGGGGCGUUGUGCCUUGUGACAGGAAUGGCUUCCAGGAAGUGCACAGCUUUGCUUCUGGCAAGGCCCUGCCAUGGGGCCCCCUGUGUGCGGCCAUGGCCAGCUGCCACUCUCUGAUCCUGCUUGAUGACACCAUCCAGGGGGACCCUCUGGACCUCAAGAUGUUUGAAGCCACCACCUGGGAAAUGGCCGCAUCUGAGGACGAUUUCCAUCUCAAGGGAGUGCCAGCACAUGCUGUGGUAGUUAAGCCCCGCAAAAGCGCCCGUCAGGCCCCCGUGGAAGGCAUUGCGAUCUUGCACCAGUUCCCGUUCUCAUCGGCCCUGCAGAGGAUGACAGUCAUCGUCCAAGAGAUGGGCGGCGACCGACUGGCAUUCAUGAAAGGCGCGCCCGAGAGGGUGGCCAGCUUUUGCCAACCCGAGACAGUGCCAGCUAGUUUUAUUAGUGAACUUCAGAUUUACACGGCACGGGGAUUCCGGGUGAUAGCGCUGGCCUACAAGAAGUUGGAAGCUGACCACCACACAUCUGCCUUAACAAGGGAGAAGGUAGAAUGUGAGCUGGUAUUUCUGGGAUUACUGAUCUUGGAGAAUCGAUUGAAGGAAGAGACCAAACCUGUCUUGGAAGAGCUCAUCUCUGCACGGAUAAGGACUGUAAUGAUCACAGGUGACAACCUUCAGACCGCAGUAACAGUGGCCAGAAAGUCUGGGAUGGUUUCUGAAAGCCAGAAAGUCAUUCUCAUUGAGGCAGAUGAAACCACUGGGCCCUCAUCAGCAUCUAUAUCUUGGAAAUUACUGGAAGAGAAGAAACACAUUGCAUGUGGGAAUCAGGACAAUUAUAUUAACAUCAGGGAAGAAGUCUAUGAUAACGGCACAGAAGGGAGUUACCAUUUUGCCUUAGAUGGAAAAUCCUUUCAAGUUAUAAAUCGAUAUUUCAGCAGCCUCCUGCCAAAGAUACUGAUCAAUGGGACGAUCUUUGCCAGGAUGUCUCCUGGGCAGAAAUCCAGUUUGGUGGAAGAGUUUCAGAAACUGGAUUACUUUGUAGGUAUGUGUGGAGACGGCGCCAAUGACUGUGGGGCUUUGAAAAUGGCCCAUGUGGGCAUCUCUUUGUCAGAGCAGGAGGCAUCUGUGGCCUCACCAUUCACUUCCAAGACACCAAAUAUUGAGUGCGUGUCUCACCUUAUCAAGGAAGGACGCGCGGCUCUCGUCACCUCAUUUUGCAUGUUUAAGUACAUGGCUCUGUACAGCAUGAUUCAGUAUGUUGGCGUUCUGCUGCUCUACUGGGAGACAAACAGCCUUUCGAAUUACCAGUUUCUGUUCCAAGAUCUGGCCAUCACAACGCUCAUUGGUGUGACAAUGAACCUGAAUGGUGCCUAUCCCAAGCUGGUGCCUUUCAGACCUGCAGGAAGGCUGAUCUCUCCACCUCUGCUGCUGUCUGUCAUCCUCAAUAUCCUUCUCAGCCUGGCCAUGCAUAUUGUGGGCUUCGUCCUGGUUCAGAAGCAGCCCUGGUAUUCCAUGGAGUUACACAGUGUGUGCACAGUGCAAUAUCAAAAUGCUUCAAAAUUAACCAUUUCUCCAACCACUCCUCAAAAAACUGGAGCUAAUGGUUCCUAUGCAAGUUUUGAGAACACAACUGUAUGGUUCUUGGGAACGAUCAACUGCAUCAUCGUGGCUCUUGUAUUCUCGAAAGGAAAACCAUUCAGGCAGCCUACGUAUACAAACUAUAUAUUUGUCCUUGUGGUGAUUAUCCAGCUGGGCGUGUGUUUAUUCAUUCUAUUUGCUGAUAUUCCAGACUUGUAUGGGCGUUUGGAUUUGCUCUGCACUCCCACCCUGUGGAGGGUCUACAUUGUUGUCAUGCUGAGUUCCAACUUCCUUGUGUCCUUGUUUGUGGAGGAGGCUGUUAUUGAAAACCGAGCUCUGUGGAUGGCAAUCAAAAGAUGCUUUGGCUAUCGAUCAAAAAGCCAGUAUCGGGUGUGGCAGCGGAACUUGGCAAAUGACUCCAGCUGGCCUCCGCUCAACCAGGUCUCCUACUCGGACAUGCCGGGGUGUGGCAGGGCGGUGUCCUACAGCAACCCUGUGUUCGAGAGCAAUGAGGAACAGCUUUGAAGGAACUGUGAUAUCCAAGUUAAGGUGACAGAGAAACCAGGGAAAAAGGGACCCGUUUCCAUGACGUUCAAGCAAUGGGCUCUUCCAAUAUCAGCUGGACUGUCGGGGCUGUCUAGAAAAUCACAGUGACAAAAUUAGUCUGUUCGAUAAUAAAAUAUUUCCUAAGAGAAGAACACUGCCCCCAGGAGAGUGCUUUCCUCUUGGCUCCGAAUGUAUUGGAGGCAGCUACUGAAGCACAAGCGGGCCAAGGACGGCAAUGGACCAAGAGAGUGGGAAGCGAAGGGAGGAAAAUAUGACUCUUUCAUUUAGUUUUCAGUGCUGCGGCCUCGAAUACGCUAAGCAAGCAUGCUGUAACCCAGAACCACAAUGCCAGCCCACGUAAUCUCUGGUUUUGGGGUAAUACCCUUUCGAAAUGAGUUGAGGGGUGUCCUACUAUGCAUAUGCACAGAAUUG